AUGAAAUCGUCCCUGGUGUUACAAGGGUUAUGGAAGGCAAUUGAUGAGGAUUUUCUUGAAGAGAUGAAAGAGACAGAGAAGACAGACCUGAAGGAGAGGGCUUUGAGUGUGAUCUUCAUGAGCGUUACAGAUAGCGUUCUUCAGGAAAUUGGUGAAGAAACUUCUUCAGCAAUGGCAUGGAAGAAGUUGGAAGAUAUGUAUUCUAAGAAAUCGCUGACAAACCGCCUCUACCUGAAAAAGAGGUUAUACAAUCUCCGUAUGAAUGAAGGGGAAGUCUGUGAUGUGAGUUCUAGUUAUGGGAAAAAUUCUUGGGUUCUUGAUUUUGGUGCUACUUUCCAUAUGCGUCCACACAAGAACUGGUUUGAACCUUACGAGCAAAUGAGUGGGACUGUCUACAUAGGAGAUGAUAAUUCAUUACCAGUAGAGGAGGCCAGUGUAGUUGAAGGGGAAGCUGUUGUAGCUUCUGGGAAAAGUGUUCUGAAUCAGUCUCAGUUGUGGCACUUGCGACUUGGCCAUAUGAGUGAUAAUGGAUUGUCUUUGUUGAACAAAGGUAAAGUUCAGCAAAAAGGCCAAGCACAAGACCAGAGACAAGUGUAUUUUCUGAAAACAAAAGAUGAGGCAUUUUCAACAUUUGUUAAAUGGAAGACGAUGGUUGAGAGGCAGACGAAAAGAAAAGUUAAGCGUCUUCGAAUUGACAAUAGGUUGGAAUUUUGCAAUUCUGUGUUCGUUAAUUUCUGCAGCAGAGAGGGCAUAGUGAGACAUCGGAUAUUUGGUUGUCCUGCUUAUGCUCAUGUGAGGGAUGGAAAACUUGAGCCGAGGGCAAAGAAGCGCAUAUUUAUAGGGUAUGGAACUGGAGUGAAAGGUUAUAGGUUGUGGUGCACAUAUCAAAAGACUCCAGGGCUAAUUAUCAGUAAGGAUGUAUCAUUCAAUGUAUCUGCCUCACUGGACAGCCAGAGGGAGAAGGCAAUAGCAGAAAUAGAUCAUGAGGAAGUGGAGGAGGUGCGAAAUAUUGAUCAAAAUGAUAGUGUUGAUGCAUCUGCGCAACAACAACCAUAUAGCAUUGCAACAGGCAGAGAGAAGAGAGUGAUCAACCGACCGCAAAGGUUUGCAAACGUAGUUGAUGGGAAUCUUCUUGGAUAUAUGAAUCCAGUGGGAUUUGCUUUGUCAGUUGUAGAGACCGUUGAUACAUUUGAGUGUUAUAGCUACUCAAAAGCUAUUCAGAGUACAGAACCAAAUCGACGGAUUAGCAAGUUUAGGCGUUGCCUAGACUUGGUUGAUAUGUGCGGCAAUGGAUAG